CGGCGGCGAACCCAACCCGAACCGCGCUUGCGAAACAAAAAUUUAAUUUCAACACAUAAACAUUUGAAAUCCGAAAUUGCCUAUAAAAGCAGCGUCGAUGAUAAUGGUCGCUGCAGUCUCCACAUAAGAGAAGAGAAGGGUAGAGAGAGAGAGAGCAAAAUGGGAGGUUGGGCUAUAGCGGUGCAUGGUGGCGCUGGUGUUGACCCUAAUCUCCCAUUCGAGCGUCAGGAAGAAGCCAAGCAACUCCUCACGCGCUGUCUCAAUCUUGGAAUCUCUGCUCUUCGUUCUAAUCUUCCCGCCAUAGAUGUCGUCGAACUCGUCGUGAGGCAAUUGGAAACAGAUCCACUGUUCAACUCGGGCCGUGGAUCUGCCCUGACAGAAAAAGGAACGGUGGAGAUGGAGGCUAGCAUAAUGGAUGGACCCAAAAGACGAUGCGGCGCCGUUUCGGGCAUCACCACCGUCAAGAACCCCAUUUCGCUGGCUCGGUUAGUUAUGGACAAAUCUCCUCAUUCGUAUCUCGCCUUCUCCGGCGCAGAAGAAUUCGCCAGGCAACAGGGUGUGGAGGUUGAGGACAACGAGUACUUCAUCACACCUGACAAUGUUGGCAUGCUGAAGCUGGCAAAGGAAGCCAAUGCAAUCCUGUUUGAUUAUAGAAUCCCAACAACGGGGUACGAGACAUGUGGAUCAGGUGUAGAGAGUCCACUGCAAAUGAAUGGACUUCCAAUUAGCGUGUACGCGCCAGAGACGGUUGGGUGCGUAGUGGUGGACCGUGAGGGAAGGUGUGCGGCUGCGACAUCCACUGGGGGCCUCAUGAACAAAAUGAUUGGUCGCAUCGGUGACUCGCCACUCAUAGGCGCUGGGACCUACGCGUGUGACGUUUGUGGGGUUUCUUGCACUGGGGAGGGCGAGGCUAUCAUACGUGGCACUCUGGCGCGUGAGGUGGGUGCAGUGAUGGAAUACAAAGGAUUGGGCCUUCAAGAAGCAGUGGAUUUUGUCAUAAAGAACCGUCUCGAUGAAGGGAAAGCUGGGCUCAUAGCUGUGUCCAGCACUGGUGAAGUGGCUUAUGGGUUCAAUUGCAAUGGCAUGUUCAGGGGCUGCGCCACCGAAGAUGGGUUCAUGGAGGUUGGAAUCUGGGAGUAAUCGCUAACUUGUGUCUUUUGGGUUGGUUCAUUGGUUGUUUCUUUGCAACUCUUGUAUGUUAUAUGCAAUAUGCAAAUUAGAACGAGGGUCAUGAUGAUCGUAAUUAGUUAAUUAGUUUGUUUCCAAGGGUUAGAAAUGUGAAAUAAUAGUGGUAACUGUUUGUCCUUUUUGGAAAUAAAAGACUCGUGAUAGACCCUCAACACACCCGUGUAGCUUUUUGCUUCCCUAGCAAAACUAUGACUUUCUUUUCUUUUUUAUUUAUUUGUGUUUUUUAAUGAGAGGUUCUAAUGGCUUAUGUCCAACCUUACCAUUGAAUGUCGUCCUAGCUUUUGCAUAAAAUUUCCAUUUAGAUUAC